AUGUCAUGGUUAAAAAAACACAAUCCCCAAAUUUUGUGGGAAAAACAUACACUUGUUUUCAAUUCCUUAUAUUGUUCCAACAACUGUUUAGCCACACCUGCUGUUUUAGAACUCAAAGCAGUGGAAGAAAUUCCUGUCCUUUAUCAAGAAUUUGCUAGAGUAUUUUCAGAGGAGGAAUUGUCAAAAUUACCACCCCACCGUCCUUACAACAUUGCCAUUGAGCUACUCCCUGACGCAAAACCCCGACAUGGCCCCAUCUACAGCCUAGGCCCAAGGGAAGAUGCGGAACUUAGGGAAACCAUUGAAAAGCAACUGAAGGCAGGUGUUAUGGAUUAG